AUGGCCCACGGCUCCAAGGCGCCAGCCCCCGCCGCCAUGCCCUCCAAUCCCUCGCCCGCCGCACAUGCGCCCCAGCCGAGCGCCGUGAAUCGCAAGAAGCAGAAGCGCCGCGAGAAGGAAGCCGCAAGGAAGGCUCUCCACGAGCCUGACGCCCCGCCCUCGCCCUCGUCCUCGCCCUCGCCCGUCAAGAACGGCGUUCAUGGCAUCCACGCUGUGUCGCCCGCCCUGGCCGCCGCCCUGGCCCGCCAGACUGCCCCGCCCUACGCCGCCCCCAACCCGGACGAGCCACGGUACGACGACGACGAAGACGACGACGACGAGCCUGAGUUCUACUCGGACGAGGAGGUCGAGCACUACGAGCAUGCAUACGCCGCCAACGGCCACUACCCGCAGCCCUACGCUCACGCCUCCAUACCCCCCGCCAGCGCCAAGAAGUCGAAACGGAAGAAGCGAGCCUCCCAGCCGCCCCCUCCGCUUGCCUACACACAGCACGCCGUGCCGCGACACAGCCCUGCCCCCGCGCAUGCCCACGUCGCCAGGUCCGCUGCGCCCCGCAAGGAUCGCAUAUGGAACACCUCCACCCAGGAGGAGCGUGAGCGCAUCCGCGAGUUCUGGCUGUCCCUCGGCGAAGACGAACGCAAGUCGCUCGUCAAAAUCGAAAAGGAAGCCGUGUUGCGCAAAAUGAAGGAACAGCAGAAGCACUCGUGCAGCUGCUCUGUGUGUGGGAGGAAGCGCACCGCCAUUGAGGAGGAGCUGGAGGUUCUAUACGAUGCAUAUUAUGAAGAGCUCGAGCAUGCCCCGCACCCGCGCCCGCUCAUGACCACACACCCGCCGCCUGGCCACGCCCAUGCUCAUGCCCAUGCCCAUGCUCAUGCCCAUGCCCAUCAUUACGACGACGACGAAGACGAAGAGGACGAUGACGAAGACGAAGACUACUCGGGCGACGAAGAGGAGGACUACUCGAACAGCGAAAUCUCCUCCGAGGCCGACUACAGCUCGGAAGAACGUAGCCUGCCACCGCCUGAGGCGUCCGACUUCCUCCACUUUGGCAGUAGUCUGCAAGUCAAAGGUGGUAUACUGACCGUGGCUGACGAUCUGCUCAAGAACGACGGAAAGAAGUUCAUAGAGAUGAUGGAGCAGCUUGCCGAGCGUAGGAUGCAGAGAGAAGAGGAGGCUCAGUAUCAAGCGCAUCCAAGCAUGUAUCAGACGCACAACCAACACGCCCACGCACCCCCACCCGAAGAAGACGACUUUGACGACGAGGGAGACGAGGAAGAAGGCUACGAGGACGAAGACUACGAAGAAGAGGACGAGGACGAGGAUGACACCAUGACCGAAGAGCAGAGGAUGGAGGAGGGGAGGCGAAUGUUUCAGAUUUUUGCUGCGCGCAUGUUCGAGCAACGAGUCCUUCAGGCGUAUCGAGAGAAGGUCGCCGCGGAACGGCAGCAACGUUUGCUCGAAGAACUAGCAGAAGAGGACGAACGCAAAGACCAGAAAGAGGCCAAGAAGUUGAAGGAGGCCCAAAAACGAAAGGAGAAGAAAGACAAGCAGAAGCAGCAGAAGGCGGAAGAGAAGGCUCGCAAAGAAGCAGAGCAGGCCGCCAAAGAAGCUGAGCUCAAGGCGGCAGAGGAGAAGCGACUGGAGGAACAACGCAAGAAGCGUGAAGAGCAACGGAAAAGGAAAGACGCCGAACGGAAAGCCCAAGAAGAGGAGAAGCAGCGAAAAGAGGCCGAACGCCAGAGGCGUCAGCAAGAAGAGCGCGAGCGACAACAGGAGGCCGAAAGGAAAGCACGCGAGCACAAGGCUCAGGAGAAGAAGGCCAAGGAAGAGGCUAGACGAAAAGAGCGUGAAGAGAGAGACGCCAAGGAGAAAGAGGCUCGUGAGAAGAGGAUACAAGAAGACAAGGAACGGAAGGAGCGCGAUGCGAAAGCGAAAGCUGACAAGCAAGCUGCGGCAGCUGGUGCCCGGAAAGCGUCACAGCCUAUUGCUGUCGCGCUGCCACCUCAGCUGCUGAAGCAAACCUCGUCUUCCGGAAUGCCCUCACCACACGUUACUCCCGCGCUACCCAAGGCACCAACGCCCAACCACCCUCGGCACAUCUCACACCAAGGCUCGCAUGGCUCUUCUCCGAACACACCGCAGGCUGCGCCAGGCACCAGCAAGUCCAUGUCGCCUACGAACGCAUAUGGCCCUAUCAUGCCCAAGUCGAUCCUGACGAAGCCAACAGCAGCGCAACAUCAGAACCAUCUUCAGCAUGGCCAGCCAGCUCUACCCAUGCUUCCCUUGGGACCUCCACCGGGCAUGCAGGGGCCGCCAGGGCUGCACAUGAGCGGUAUGCCUCCCGCUCUGAAUGGCUUCCCUGGCCAAGGCUCGAUGCUACCUGGCAUCAUGGGUCCUCGUCCGGGCAUGCCUCCGUUUCCGCCGCAGCUCGGUACACAGAACUUCCGUGGCUUCCCUCCACCAGGCAUGCCAAUGGGGCGCGGGUUCCCCAUGGAUGGUCCUCCUGGAUUUGGUCCUAUGCCAGGGUUUGGUGGGCCAAACCAGAUGCCUGGCUUUGGCAUGGGCUUGUCGCCUCAUUCGCGACAAGGAUCCGGGUCGUUUGACCGACUGCCUAGCGUGGACAGCCCCAUCUCAGGCCCUCAGGCCCAGCCGAUACAGCGGCCGACGCCCAUCAAGCGUCCCUCGAGCACGAAACCGACCGAUGACGAGUCACGACCCGAUGUUGACGACCUUGCUGAUCAUCUAGGUAGCAAAGCACUACUCGAUGACGCAGAGGACAUGCCCGAGCCCAUGGAGCGAAGAGCAAGCGUGCAGCAGCACAGCUCCUUCAGGAGCACCCCUAUGGGCUUUGGAUUUGCAGACGCACCAAUGCCGUCCAGAAACGACUCGUUCUCGGCAUUUGGAGCGCCUGGCGGCAAUAUCUGGGGUACACCGCCCAUGCCAUUCGCACUGGGUCCUGGCGCUACAUGGGGCAACUCGCCCACCUCUGGCUUCUUCAACAACAACCCGUUUCCUGUCGGCAGUAUUCGCACCAACGAGCGUGGCCCUAAUGAGCAGCGCAUAGUAUGGUUACGUCGUAUGGUAUGUACCGCGUGCAAGAUGGUGGCUGCUCGCCAACCCACACAAGACGGCUACGUGGAUGCAUCAGAGGUGCACCAGCAAAUCGACGGGCUGCGCAACCCCAAUGAGCCGGCCGUAACGCCUGAGGAAAUCAAGGAGGCCUGCGAUAUCAUCGACAGUACGCAGACGAACGGUGGAGGAUCUCUCGAAUACAAGGAGUCCGGCCCUGGUCGUCUGUCACACAUCAAGUUCGUCGAUGUCGCGGCGGCUCCACCUGCAACACUGGGUGAGAUUGGCAGCCCAGUUCCAGGGCACAGUGUCUUGGUGGGCGGGUUUGGCAACCCAAGGCCGUUUCCUGGUCUUGGACCACAAGGUUUCUGA